UGAUGGAAGUGCUGUUUCAUGAAUGUGCUCACUUUCUUGUAAACCAGAUCUGGUGUGCCAAUGGCUGUUAAUGUUUCAUUAACUUACAAGACUGAGCCAGUCAGAAGGUAGUUCAUUUGAAGGAGGUCGUGUCUUGCUUUUCCUGCCAUUUUUUACUCCUUCAAACACUUGAAACACUUUCUCCUCAUUUCCUCUGCAUGUGGCUGAAAAAAUAAAAAAAAUGGCUGAUUGUAGCUUUGACAGAAAAAGUGUAAAAUGCCCUGAAUGCUCUGGUAAUUCCCAACCAGACAGGAUUAAUACAUGUCGCUGCAAAAAUAAGGAUGUCUCUAGUAUUUCUGUUUCUGUCAUGGAGACAUCCCAGUCUUCAAGCGUCAAUAACACAGAGUUAACAGAAAACAGCAACAAAAAUAAAAACUCAAGCAUUGAAAACAAAACGACAAAAGAAUAUGCCAUCUCCGGAAAUUCAUUGAUUGUGGACAAGACAGCAAGCUUCUUUCCAUCCACCACCUCAGUCCAAACUCAGUGGUCGUCCUCAUCCUCAUCCUUAUCCCCAUCACAAACAUCUUUACAAGCAAAGGAACAAUUGUCUAGCAUUAGAGAGCCCUUAAGAACUGCAGACACACUUGAGUCAAAUAGAAAAGUCUUAGUACAGCAAUGGAAUCGUAUCGCCUCUUCAGAAGGAAGAGUUCCUCACACAAGGAUGGAAGACUGCACUGUUCUCCAGCAAAUAUAUUCCUUUGGAAGAAAAUUGGGACAAGGGAGCUUUGGAGUGGUCAUUGAAGUUACAGACAAGAUAACAGCUGUUAAGUGGGCCAUGAAAAAAGUGAACAAAGAAAAGGCUGGAAGUUCUGCUGUGAAAUUACUUGAACGGGAGGUGACCAUCCUGAAAACUGUGAAACAUGAGCAUAUCAUUCAUCUAGAACGAGUAUUUGAAACAGCUAAGAGGAUGUACCUUGUGAUGGAACUCUGUGAAGCUGGAGAACUGAAAGAAAUGCUUAGCAAAAAAGGGCAUUUCUCUGAGAAUGAGACAAGGCAAAUCAUUCAGGAUCUAGCAUCAGCUAUAGCCUAUCUUCAUAAAAAGGAUAUUGUUCAUAGAGACCUAAAAUUGGAAAAUAUUUUGGUUAAAAGCAGCUAUACUAAUGAAAAAAAUGAAACCAACUAUAACAUAAAGGUGACUGAUUUUGGUUUAGCAGUGCAAAAGGAAGGCGGAUGUGAAUCCAUGCUUCAGGCAACUUGUGGAACUCCUAUUUAUAUGGCGCCUGAAGUGAUCAAAGCCCAGGACUAUAGCCAACAGUGUGACAUCUGGAGCAUAGGUGUCAUUAUGUACAUGCUAAUUUGUGGGGAACCUCCUUUUAUAGCAAACUCAGAAGAGAAACUCUUUGAAUUAAUAAGAAAAGGACAACUAUGUUUUGAAAAGAAAGCCUGGGAACGUGUGAGUGACUCUGCUAAAUUCGCUUUGGGACAGCUUCUGAAGGUAGAUCCUGCUCACAGAAUCACAGCCAAAGAACUACUUGAUAAUCAGUGGAUAACAGGCAAUACAAUGACCCCUGUGAGACCUACAAAUGUCCUGGAGCUGAUGAAACAAUGGAAGAACCAGCCAGCAAGUGAUGAAGAAGAUUUGGAUCACUUAAAGGAUGAUCUCGCUUCCAAAAUCCACAUGUAUACAGCCUUCCAAUCAGAGAACAAUGUCGACCCUAAGAAUAUGGACAGUAAUAGUAAUACAGAUGAUAGUGGUGGCCAAUCCCCUCUCCCCUCUGGAAAGCAGGUCUGCAAGAAAAAAAAUAACACAAGUACAUUAACAAAUGGAACAGUGAAGAAGAAAAAUGUAAACUUUAGGCUAUCUAGUAAUGUCCCUCCUAGUGGGAAAGUGACCUAUCCAAAGCGGAAUAUGGACAAUUCAGAAAAUGUGUUCCCUCAAGGUUCCCCAUCAUCUAAAUCAACUUUAUCUUCACCAAAGGUGGAGUCGGAUAAGUCCUCCUUGGCCUCAAGCCCAGGAUUAUCCCCCAGAAACAACGGUAAAACCCCUGCUACAUCUAAAAUCAAAAAGAAAUCCUAAGGCACCCUUCAGCUCUGUGCAGUGUAGGGCCAAGGCUGUGAUUCCUUCUGUUGGAACAAGGGCAUAAGGGA